AUGGCCCAGUCGCGCUCUCAGCCAAUGGCUGAUGGAACAGCCCUUCAACUCAUGUCUACCGGAACGAGUUCGAUACCACCCACAGGACCGCGGAAGCUGGUAGAGAGGGAGUCCAAAAUCACAAAGCUUGAGUCCACCGUCCUAUAUCCCCGUCUGGUACUUUUGGAAGCCCUUACUAGAUUCAAAGACGGACCAAAGCAACGAGCAAUGUCCAGUGAUAAGACACGCGAAGCCCGGCGAGACUUCUUGGAUUCUUUCGCUUAUCUUUGUGACGUGGAGAAAGGCGGCAAGACAGUCACAGCGACUGCAUUACAAAUGAUGGAAGUAGAAAGUGGCGACUGCCUCUGGUUGGCUGCAAACGAAGGAAUACGCGAAGAGGUCUUGUUCUAUGCACAGAAGAUUCUGAAGCGCGCAAAAGUUGCAACUGUGGAAAAUGUCCGUGUUGUUCAAGACCGUAUCUUAACCCUCAGUGUGAAGAAGUGUAAACCGAGGAUCCACUUCUACAGAGAUGCGAUUAAGAGAGACGCACUACAAUGCAAUGAGGCUCUCGAAGGCGUUGAAAGAGACGAUUUUGUCAAUCUCUUAAGAACCAAAUUGGGGCAGCUGCUUGAACAUCCACCGAGUACGAACCUGGAGGCCUAUGUCGACCUUUGCUACGACAUGAGAGGAGAAGACAUCCGGGCCAUCAGAUCAUAUUCCAAGACUGCGGAAGAUGGCUUUAGCCAAUUGGCGCAUCAUGUCUAUCGCUUGGGCGCGACACGUGACGCCGCAAACAAGGUUGUCGAAGCCAUGACGCUCGUUCCUUCGCUCCGAAAGAUAUCAAAGAUAAUGAUCGUCAAUACACCCCGGAUCGUGAAGAAGACCGUCUCACCGGUCCAUUUGAUUCCACAUGAAGUUUUGUACGGUGUACUCGAAGGGACCAGACCAAUUGAUCCUUUGAAGUUUCAACAAGCAUUCCUUCAGUUGUAUCACUUGGACCCAUCACCAUUAAGACCAAUCUACAACCACAUGGUCUCGAAAGAAACGGUAGUUACCAGAGUGCACGCCGAACUCCAAAUCGCCGACAAGUUCGCCAGGUCCCAAGCCAUCAAUUUCGUUGAGAACGACAAGUAUAUCGGGUGCAGUAAGCCAGCGUGUUACUUCUGUCACACCUGGCUUUGCCUUCACACGCAAGGUUAUUCUAAGCCUGCGACCCACUGCAAAGUUAUACCCGGCUGUCGCGGACCAGACUAUGAGCUGAACGAUGCGGGGACGGAUGUCAUGAUAUCCAUGUACAGGAAGAUCAGCCGACAGGUGGGACAGGAUAUCUUUGCGUUCCUGGAAAAGAAUACGCCGCCACCAAGGGUACCUUAUAUGUCUACCGAUGCUGGAAGUCGGGCGCCGAGCCGAAUGUCGGGUUUCCAAGAGUGA